AUGACCAAGUGGGGGGCGCUGCGAAGCAGAAUUAUAUGGCCGAGCGAGUUCGCUUACGCCGUGGAGAACGAAGGGCAGGACAACAAAUUCGGACACAGCUAUGUGGUCAAAUAUAACGGGAAUGUCGUUCACAACAGAUUCAAGAAAGGGUUAAAUCGGGUGAACAAAUUGAUGAAGGUGACAAGACGGGUAUGUAAUCAAUUGGAGGAGCAAAACUACGGGCGGGACGUGGAUUCAUUGGAGGCAGACCACUUCGGGGUACACAUGGGUGGAGGCACCUCGGACCAAAUUAACGAGGCUAAUCAAAUCCUCCUCCGGUUGAAUGAGGAGAAGGAGUUUUUUAAGGAAAGUCUCGGUAAAAUUAACACCAUUGAUGAGAAGUACGACAUUGCUGUGAGGAACGGGUCCGCUCAUUACGCAUUUCGUUUGGACUCCCCUUUCGUAUGCAUCGAGGGGGAUCCUUUAGUGGAGGCCCUAAAAAUGGGGCAGCCCGGAGGAGCACAUGGGAAACGCAAUGAAAGAGUUAAGAAGCUAGGCCGAAAGGGUGAGGAGCACCGUGGAGAGAGGAUCCCACAAUUUAGGACCUUUCUAUACAACGCCAAAAUUAUCGAGUGUGACGAAACGCUCAUCGGGGACAGGGAGUUCAUAUUUUCAGAAGCGAAUACAAGCAGCCUGAAAGUUAACACGCUCAUCAACGAGGGGAAGCACAUAAGACAGAUGCUAUACGAAUAUAAGGAGGGCUGCGGAGUGGAAAGCGAGGUGCAAAAUAAUCAGGAUGACUUCCCACCUGAAGGAAAAAGCGGAAAUGUAAAAGAUACAACAGCAACAGCAAUAACAACGACACCCCCUCCCCGUGGGAAUGACGAAGUGACCUACGAACGUGUGGGUGUACUUCCAUACAGUGACAUCAUAAUGGUGCAGAAGAGCGAGUUCGACAAGAAGAGUUACGUGGCUGCUUUUUUAACCCCAUUUGUUCUGAACGGAAAUGUGAAGGCAUUCAUCCAGAAGGUACAGCCAUAUAUGGCUUACCAAUUUGACAGUAAUUUGAUAUGGGUAAAUUUGUGUAAACUGAUUAAGCUCAUGUGCCAUUUGGAAGAGAAGAAUGUCCUGCACGGGAACAUCAAACCUACCAAUCUGUUUAUAGAUAACAGUGGGUUCAACAUCCUUUUGGGAAACUUUGUUCCCAAGGUGAAGCUCACAAAUUAUUUCCAUUACGUUGUUAAUGGGAGAAGAGGAUUGCCCAAAUAUAUUUCCCCUGAACUUUUAUCCUACUUGAGAAAAAAAAAAAACAUGGUGAAAAAUGGAGGCAAGAAAAAUAAACACAUAGAGAAGUACUUAGUUAAGAACGACAUUUUUUGUUUAGGCCUCUGCUUCUACUACCUCGUGACGAUGAAGGAGGACAUCCUCAACCACGUGGAUGAUCCGCACGCGUUUCAACAUAAGGUGGACGGGCUGCAGGGAUGCAUCUCUCGCCCGGAGUUGCUUCUACUUCUGCGUAGCAUGCUCUCCUACGACCAUCGGGUGCGGCCCACCUGGGCGGCGCUGCUGGCCGCGGUGAGGGGUGAGAAGUAA